CAAAGAUCCAAAGUCAAUAGCAACUUGGAAAAAUUAAGCUGCUCGGUGGAUUAUUCCCUACUAAUCCGGCGCUAUGUAUGAUUUGAUGCUCCUUACCUCUAUUUUUUUUUCACAUGUAAACGUUUUUGGCUUUGCUGCUAACUAUCCACUUGAAGAUUUUAUGGGUUUUUUUUGGAAAAAAUAUUUUUUUUUAUCACCUUUAAUAUAUUACCAAACACUCCGUGCCACGUUUGGAUGAUAUAAGAAAAGUCCACCUAUUAAAUUCUUGUGGCCCCAAACUAAAAAUCAAGAAGAAAGAAGAAAAACCCAUUAGCUUAAUCAUGCUCAGUAUAAGAUUUCCAAUGAAUUUUCUUCAUUUUUCUGGUUGGUUUCUUCUGGGUGUGAGAAAAAAGGUUAGCACACCAAAUGUUUGAUAGAUGGUCCAAAAGACAGAUCAAGGAGCCUGGUGCCUAGAAAAUUGUCUGAAGCAUCUACGUUGAGAGGACAACCAACCCAUAUAAGAUUCUCUUCACUGUACACCAAGAAACCGGUAAGAAAGCAGUUGAACUAAAGCUUCCAAUGCAACAACCACCAUUACCAAACCUCCAACCUCUACGGCAGCUUCUUCCUCUCUCCUUCCCAUCUCUUAUUUUACAGACACCUCUGCAACCAAGUCAUGGCCGCCACUACUGAGGAGUUUAGCUUCCCCACAAUCACUGAUUGCGGCAUCGAUUCCCCGCCUUUAUGGCAUCUCUCCCCUGCUGCCUCCCCUGAUUCUUUCCAUCAACAGAUAGGUGAUAAGUUGAGAGCAGGAAGAGAGGAAAACAAUGGUUUCGCUGCAUCAAAUUCAGAACCCACCAGGGGUAAUAAGCAAAGGAAAAGCUUUUCCUAUUUUGGGAAGUAUUCAAGCAUGGUUAGUGAUGAUGAAGUAGAGGAAAAGAUGGACAUGUUGUGGGAAGAUUUCAAUGAGGAAUUGAAGAGAAGUUACAGUUCAAGGAAGGAAUCUAACAGUUUUCCAUCUGGAGGGGACAAGAAUAUGAAGGUGAACGUCAUAGACUUGAAGUUGUCGAAAACUGGUGCUGGUGCUGCCAUGAUUUCUCCUAGGAAGCCAAGCUUGUUGGUCUUUAUCAAGGUGAUGAAGAAGCUUUUCUUGCUUCAUAAUUCUCAGCGCUCUAAUGCAUGGCGCUUAUAACUGCCGGGAAAAGCUUCAGUUGUAGAUUAUGGCCUUCUUGGAUUCUGAUUGAUUUGUGGUAAAGAUCAAGAAGGGUUCAUCUAAUUUGAGCAGCAGUUUGGUAUGUAUUUUAGUUAUCCUUGCAUUUGGGUUCAAUCUUGGUGAUUUGAAAAAAAUUACUAUUUAUAUAUUUACACUGUUAAAUAUACUGUACAGUACUGCACAUACAUAUAUAUAUAUAUAUAUAUAUAGAAAGGAAGACAGAUAACCAUAUUUUUGUCUGUUUUAGUGAUGAAAAUUGAGAAUGUAUUGGGAGCUUCCUGAAUUUGUAAUGUUAAUUCCAGAAUUUGUAUUGCCUUUGAAUUGUAUGCAGGGAAAUGGAUUCAAGAAA